AUGAAGGUGAAAGAGAAGAGGGUUGCACUUGAGAACUACCAAAGAAGGCUUGAUACCAAUCCAUCUGAUCCGGCACUAAGGGCAGAAGGAGAUCAAAACACUGCCUUCUUCUUUAAAACCAUAACUAGUAGAAGAAACAGGAAGAAAUUCGUUAAACUUAUGGGGGAGAAUGGAAUGGACAUUGAGGGUGAUGUUGCUAUUAAGGAGGAAGCUACAAGGUUCUUUAUUCAGCUACUGGGAGGUAAUGUGGAUACCUCUAAUGCUGAAGCUAGAAGAAACCUGUUGGACUCCCUUCCUAUGGUUAGGAUUAAUGACCAAGAAGCUGCUCAGAUGGUGAGUCAGGUUACAAAUAAAGAGAUUAAAUANGACAUUGAGGGUGAUGUUGCUAUUAAGGAGGAAGCUACAAGGUUCUUUAUUCAGCUACUGGGAGGUAAUGUGGAUACCUCUAAUGCUGAAGCUAGAAGAAACCUGUUGGACUCCCUUCCUAUGGUUAGGAUUAAUGACCAAGAAGUUGCUCAGAUGGUGAGUCAGGUUACAAAUGAAGAGAUUAAAGANUUGGACUCCCUUCCUAUGGUUAGGAUUAAUGACCAAGAAGCUGCUCAGAUGGUGAGUCAGGUUACAAAUAAAGAGAUUAAAUAA